GAGGGUUUAGUUGUAGAAGAGCUUCUUCUUCUCUCUCUUAGCCAUGUUUGGGUCAAGAGGUCUCUGUUGCAGCAGAAUCUGGAAUCGUUCUCUGUUUCUCAAACGUUCUUCAAACUUCCGAGCUAGUUUCUCUACGAAACGUGUUGGGACCCAUAAUGGAACAUUCCACUGCGACGAAGCUUUAGCUUGCUUCAUCCUUCGUCGUUCCAAUAGAUUCUCCGAUGCUCAAAUCGUCCGAACCAGAGAUCAUCAGGUUUUGGAGAAGCUUGAUGCGGCACUUGAUGUUGGAGGUGUGUAUGAUCCUCAGAGUGAACGUUAUGACCAUCACCAGAAAGGAUUUAGUGAAGUGUUUGGCCUUGGGUUUAAUACUAAACUCAGUAGUGCUGGGCUUGUCUAUAAGCAUUAUGGAUUGGAAAUAAUUUCCAAGGAGCUUCAACUUGAGCAGAGACAUCCUGAUGUGUUUCGAUUGUUUCUAGCUGUGUACAAAAACUUCAUUGAGGCAGUAGAUGCUUUAGACAAUGGUAUCCAUCAAUAUGAUACUGACCAACCUCCAAGAUAUGUAAACAAUACUAGCCUGGGGCAUAGGAUUGGAAGAUUGAACUUAGACUGGAUUGAACCUGAUCAGUCUAGUGCCAAAGAAGAUGAAGCCUUUCAUCGGGCAAUGGAGCUUGCUGGCUCUGAGUUCUUGGAGUGUGUUCAUUUUCACGCGAAAUCGUGGUUACCAGCUCGGUCAAUUGUUAUGGAGUGUCUUGCAAAACGGUAUGAUAUAGACUCCAGUGGAGAAAUUAUGAAGCUCAGUAAACAAUGCCCAGUAAGUUAAAAUGAGCUCCUUUACAUAUAUCAUCUACGUCGUGGUUUGGGGUUAUAAUUUGCUAGAGGGAUUAGAAUUGAUGAAAUGGUGGGAUUAGUCUUCAAAGUUGUAAGAUUUAUGUGCAAUUGACAGUGGAAACUCCAUAUAUUCGAGCUCGAGGAAGAAAUGAAGAUUGAUCCUCCAAUAAAAUAUGUUCUUUACCAGGAUGAUAGAAGCGAAAACUGGAGAAUACAAGCAGUUUCGGUUUCACCAGAGAGGUUUGAGAGCCGUAAAGCUUUACCAUUAGCAUGGAGAGGUUUAGAAAAGGAGAAGCUCUCAGAGGAAAGCUCAAUUCCACGCUGUGUUUUUGUGCAUAUGAGUGGUUUCAUUGGUGCAAACCAAACCUAUGAAGGUGCCUUAGCAAUGGCAAGAGCUUCUUUGAUGGCUUAGAGUCACUGCAUAACCAAACAUCGGUUUCUUUUGGUUUGGACCGGUUCCUAAUCCUAUACAUCGAAUUUAAAUGGUCACUAAAGUUACAUUGUAUUUAGAUUUUGAUUAAUACUUAAUAUUCAAAAGUUUCCUUUAAAAAUAGUUUUUUUGAGUCAAAAUCCAUGUGAAUGUACAUAAUUCAUAAAUAAUGUGAUCUUAUUU